CGAGCAAUUCCACCAGUUCACCAGCUAAUAGGAGCGCGGCCUGCGCAGAGACGUUGUUUUAUCUUUCAUUAUUGUAUUAUUUUUUCAAAAUAACUUUUAAUUCACAUCCGCAGCCAUGUCUAUCUGGGACUCCCUCUCAGGCCGGAAGAAGACGACCGGAACCGCUGAAUUCGAUCCAAGCUCCGCUACAGAUGUCAGCUCGUUUCUCUCCAGCACUGCCAUCCCUGACCCAUCAGAACUGCAUCCUCUCGCUGGCCUGAACAAAGACACCCUCGAUUAUCUGACCCUCGAAGACUCGGCGUUGAGCGACCUCCCUGGCUCCCAAUCUGCUCUGCCAUCGAGAGGGUGGUCCGAUGAUCUCAGCUACGGUACUGGAACAACAUAUCUCAUUGCUCUUACAACAGGAGGUGCCUGGGGUCUCAUUGAAGGAUUGAAGAGAUCGCCAGCUUCCGCUUCGCCGAAGCUGCGUCUUAACAGCGUGCUUAACUCGGUGACCCGGCGAGGCCCGUUCUUGGGUAACUCUGCAGGCGUUGUUGCGUUGGUAUAUAACGGUGUUAACUCGACGAUUGGCCAUAUGAGAGGAAAGCAUGAUGCGGCGAACAGCAUUGCUGCUGGAGCUUUGAGCGGCAUGCUUUUCAAGAGCACCAGGGGGGUUCGGCCGAUGAUGAUUUCUGGAGCCAUUGUAGCUAGCAUUGCUGGUGCCUGGACUGUAUGUUCUCGUCUAACUGCUGGUAUAUCGGAAACGUCUCAUUCUAACGUGCUUUUGAAUAGCUAUCUCGACGUAUCUUCUUCUCCUGAGCUCGGGAGGGAUUGACGAAAUGCGCCCUCCCACAUGCCAUAUAAUAUAUGCCCCAAUAUCUAAACGACCAUCUGUUUCCUUGCCGUACGAUAAUCCAUUCGACAGCCGAACCGAGCAAUGCAUGAUAUAUCAUGAAUAUCAUGCGAUACAAAGCCAUACUCUCCAGCUACCUCUUCGCCCAACUUUUUUCUCUAUCUUCCACCCCUCCCCCCCUUGUAUUACCAUAUUUCAGUUCCGAGCGCAUGGCAGAUCCAUUUCCACUCUGGCGUGUGUGGGCGGUAUUCAACUUUUAGUAUUUUCCUCUCUUUUUAUAAAAACGGAAAUGUGGUUUAAUGCGUGGUUGGUUUGUACAUAUAGAGGCAUUUUUCCUUUUCUUCUUGUCCUGUUUAC